AUGCCUCAUCCAAAUAGGUCCCUCAGCUCGCCGGGCCUGCGAGAUCACCCAAAGCAGGCCUUGGACGGGCUUCCCUCCACUCGAGAACCCUCAAUGCCUCCAUCGACCUCCCCUCCCCACAGAAACUCCGCCCGAAGGCUCUGUCCCCGCCGUCCUCGCCCAUCCGUCGCGUCAAUAGCAGAUAUUUUUGUCGGCUCGUUGGUCCUCGCAAGCUUCUGCAAUGAGCACUCACCAAGCCGUCGAGGGAUCUCUACGGCGUCAUGGUCCCCUUCAGAUCGUAAUUUACACAGAUUUCGAACCCAAGGGGCGCCUGGUCGCCGGCAGCCAUCCCGACAACCGCCAGAAUAUUCAAGACCAAGUUUGAAUCCGUCGCAACCUCAAAGAUGGAUCAGCCAUGGUCUGGCGCGCACCAAGGACGAGGAGACUGAGGAGAGCAGCACUCAUUCCCAUUCACAAAGGGAGGCGGAGGCGGAUGACGACUAUAUACCCUUGUCGCCGGCGCCGAGCGCAGGCACCGAAACCCAAAAGCAACCCCAACGAUUUAAUUUCACCUAUACACAUGAUAUCGACCACAGGAUACAUCGAUCCAAUCAUACGGCACUAGACUUCGACACGGCGGACCUCCCUCGCCAAUCGUUUCCGUCAUGGCGGCACCCGGAGAAAGACAAGCGCAUUUCCACCGCCAAACUCUACCAGCGAACAUUGACCGGUUACAAUUGGCAGGAGGCAGUGACCGCGGUAGCUCCACGCCCUCGUUUCUUCAAAGCAAAAGAAGCUACGUCACACGACCAAACGGAGAUUGACUCAGUCGCGGAGCUUGUCAGAACACUAUGGGGAGAAUCAAACCCCUCCACACAGUAUUUGUUCAGGCUGUACAGAGAGCUUCCGUCGCCGGGAAUGGCUUAUUUGUCGCAACGCACACGUGGUGCGCUUUUGCGUAUGUUCGCGCAACCUCGGGAUCGACGAUGGGUUGAUGCCCGUCGAUACUUGGCGUUGGUGGAUGACAUGGUUGCAGCUCGACUGCCUCUCUCACUUUCACUUUGGUCUUCUGCCAUCCAUCUUGCAGGUCGGGGAAAUGGCAAGGUCAUGAGACGAGAUCUUAUCAGAGCUGUUGGUAUGUGGCAAAGGAUGGAGCAUGUCGCAGGAGUGAAGGCAGACGAGGUGGUAUUCAAUAUCCUUUUCGACGUCGCAAUCAAAGCCGGCGCAUUCCAGGUUGCUGAGCGCCUGGAGGAAGAGAUGACCGGGCGUGGCAUGGGCUUUUCAAGAUGCGGGAAAGUCUCCAAAAUUUACUAUUUUGGACUGAUGCGAGAUGCAGACGGUAUCCGGAAUGCCUUCAACGAGUUUAUAGAUUCCGGAGAACUGGUUGAUACUGUCGUGAUGAACUGCCUUAUUGCCUCGUUUCUCCGAGCCGGCGAGACCCAAACGGCAGAACAGCUCUAUGCUCGCAUGCUGGAGCAGCACCAAACCAGGAGCACCGAGUUGACAUUGUCGAAUCGCACGGAGUCAGCCGUUGAUGCCCCAAAUCUAGGCUUUGACAUGCCUCAGUAUCGACAGAGAGCUCGCAACUUGGGCCGAGUGUUGAAGAAGUCAGCAGCACUCAAAGAAAAGUUCCCCGAGUACCAUCGUGUUCUGCAAAGUUCUCUCCCAAUGAGACCCGACACACGCACGUUUCACAUUCUUCUUCGACAUUAUGCGAUCAAUUCCGGUCACCUUGAUAGCUUCAUGGCUGUCAUGCGGGACAUGGAAAAGGUCUUCUCGGUCCCACCACGUGCGAUCAUCUAUCUGUUCCUUUUCGAGGGCUUUUCUCUGCAUGGCCGAAGAAAGAAGCAAUGGAGUGCCGAAAACCUCCGUCUGACAUGGCAUGCCUACAUCCGGGCUUUGCGAGAUUCACACGCAAGACUCCGCGGCUUGUAUCUCAACAACCACAAGAUGACGUGGGAAAACCCGCUUGCUAAAAGCGUGGCCACCGAGAUCGUUGAUGAUGGAGUCGAAGUUACCGACGCCCCAAAUGGACUUUACAUGUCUCUGCCCUCAGCAGACGCCGAAGUGAAAGCCGAACAGAACAUGGAUGAAUCAACCAAGAACGCAGGCGAUGCGCCUGCAUCUCCCGAUGAUGAAAGCAUCAGUGCCCAAUUGGAUGACGCAUAUGAGGCAUCCAGUAUCGAUGAACUCGACCCUGAAGAAGUCUUUGCUCCCCCUCCAGAAUUUCCAGAGGCCGAAGAGACGCCCUGGGAUCCAGAGAAACGAAUUGAAAAUGGUGUCUUCGUUGGGCGCCGGAUGAUCAUCAACAUCCUGCAAGCCUUUGGCACAUGCUGUGGCCCUAAAGAGGUCCUAGAGGUUUGGUUGCAACUCGAGCGACUGUGGCAUCCAAAUCAACGUACGGCAAACGAUGUCCUGAUUGUCAAGGAGGAGCUUGACAGACAGAUGUCCAGAGGUCCGCAUCAUUAUCGCUAA